GUCCGGCAUACUUCUGGUUGGUUGUUUAUUCCCCAAGCAACUCUCCCGACUCUCCGAUCUUUGCAAACUCCAUCCUCCGCCGUCUUGCCCAAACUCCUCCGAUCGCGUUCGUGCUUCUCGUCGCGUCGCCAUGGUUCUCGAGGCCACCAUGAUCUGCAUCGACAACUCCGAGUGGAUGCGCAAUGGGGACUACGCGCCUAGACGACUUCAGGCGCAAGCCGACGCCGUCAAUCUCAUAUGCGGGGCUAAGACUCAGUCGAACCCGGAGAACACUGUAGGUCUGCUGGCUAUGGCGGGGAAAGGGGUUCGGGUCUUGGUGACACCGACCAGUGAUCUUGGAAAAAUACUGGCUUGUAUGCACGGUUUGAAAAUUGGCGGUGAGAUGGACUUGACUGCAGGAGUCCAAGUGGCUCAUUUGGCUCUAAAGCAUCGCCAAAAUAAGAAGCAGCAACAGAGAAUCAUAGUUUUUGCUGGAAGUCCAAUUAAACAUGACAAAAAAACACUGGAGGCCAUUGGGAGAAAGUUAAAAAAGAACAGUGUUGCUAUAGAUGUUGUUGAUUUUGGGGAAUUGGAUGAUGAUGAUGGAAAACAUGAAAAACUGGCUGCUCUAGUAGCUGCUGUGAGUAACAACGAUAACAGUCACAUAGUUCCUGUUCCAACUGGUUCAAGUGCUCUUUCUGAUGUACUUAUCAGCACUCCCAUCUUUACUGGAGAUGGGGAAGGAGGGAGUGGUUUUGCUGCUUCAGCUGCUGCUGCCGCAGCUGGUGGCAUGUCUGGAUUUGAUUUUGGUGUAGAUCCUAAUAUAGACCCUGAGUUGGCACUAGCAUUAAGGAUCUCCAUGGAAGAGGAACGAGCAAGACAAGAGGCUGCUGCCAAAAAGGCUGCUGAGGAUGAUGCUAAAGGGGAAAAAGGUGCUGAGCAGGCUUCAAGUUCCAAUGAUGCAACUAUGAGUGAAGCAGGCAACACUUCAGCUGUCGCUAUUGAUGAUAAAAGGCGGAAUUUAAGUGAUGAUGAGGCUGCAUUACUAGAGGAAGCUCUGGCAAUGUCCAUGGAUGUCGGUAAGAACAAGAGUGUGGAUAUAGCUGAUACUGACAUGUCUGAUGCUACAACUGAAGAUCCUGAACUAGCUCAUGCGCUCCAAAUGUCUCUUCAGGAAAGCACAAAAGAGCCAGUGUCUCAGUCUGAUAUGAGCAAAGUGCUUGAGGACCCAUCAUUUGUUGCAUCCAUCAUAACCUCGCUCCCGGGAGUUGAUCCUAAUGAUCCUUCUCUCAAAGAUUUAUUGGCAUCCUUAGAAGGUCAAUCAGAAACCCUCAAAAAGGAAACGGAUGAGUCCAAAAAAGAUGGUGAUAAAUGAAACAUUUUGGAGGUUAUGCGAGCAUUCUCCUUGAAGGGGAAGAAGAGGCUCCAUAAAUCAAUACAAAAUUUCAGCAAUCAUCAUGAUCCAUGAUUAAUUUCAAAUCUGAUUCCUCUCUCCCUUUUCCAUUCACAAAUGAAACUGUCCUGAAAAUAGAUUUGCCAUCUACCAAGAUGUCCUCUCUUUCCUAUACACCGUCAAGACAUUGUCUUGUAAAAACCAAUGAUUUAGUAAAUUCCCUUUUCUUCUUUUUA